AUGGAUGAGCAGGGACGUCAGGUGGUGCGCGAGCGUAUCGCGGGGCUGCUCGUUCAGUUUCCAGGAGAGGCAAGGGCGUGGGCGCAAACCAUCGAGGAGGAGGCCUUCAAGGCCGCGCAAGACGAGACGCGCUACUUCGAGACCAUCUCCCGCCGUUUGGCCACCCUGGCCUCUACCCCACCCAGCGAGCUGGCAGGCCUGCCCGCAACCGCCCCCAGUUCGGCCGCUGAAGACGAGGCACAACAGCCACCGCAAAAGAAGAAGAACUUGGGCCGACGACCCAACCCCAAGCGCCCGGACAAGGUGCCCAUAGCCUUCAUCCUGCCAGCGCCCGUCGCCACGCGCCCCGUCAGCCAACAGGCACCCCGGGAUCGAGCUGUGCCCAAGGACCUGUGGUUGCAGACCCUGCAUAGCUACCAAGCGCCGCUGGACGCCCUUGUCACCAAGACCAGGACUCGCGCCGAGAGCACACCGCCGAUGAUGAGCGGCAAAGAUGGGGCUCACCGACAGCAGCUGCUCGAGCUCCUCCAGCAGAUGCAUGGAUUGGCGCCGCCGACUGCGCAAAACGACAAAGUCUGCCAGGACUUGCUGGACCGAAUCGCUGAGUGGCUGCUGUGGGACGUCAACGGCGGGCCGCUCUUCCCCACCAUGGGACCCGCCUCAACGAUGAACACGAACACGACCACGACCACGACCACCACCGCAAGCACACCUUCAGAACCCGCCAAGCGCAAGAGGAGGGCCAGCGCUGACGACAACUCCCGAGCUGCGCGGCGCACGCGCAAAUCGCGAAUCGCCAAGAGCGGAAGCUCGCCAAGCAGCCCCGCUGCCACCCAGCACGAUUACGCAUCGGCCGGAGCUCCCGCGGUGGCCCACGACGCGCCCCGGGGCCUGUUUCCCUUCCACGGCCUGCUGGUCGAGGCCGAGGAGGGCAAGCUCGCGGCCGAGGGGCGGAUAUCGCCUCGAUGCGUGUCGGCCCUCCCGCCCGCGGGCGGCCUUGCCGUUCUUCCAUUGCCUUCGUCCGCAGGCCCGGCCAUCCGGUCUCCCACUUCGGCAUUCACUCCGUGGGGCGAAAAACGGAGGAGUGGCAGCCAGGCCGAGGAUGAGCUGAGCGCGGCGACGGCGAUCGAGGCGCUCUCCUCCAACAGACCGUCGCUGUUGCCGUCGCCGGUGAAGAAAGAGCCCGUGGAUUCUUCGGAGGUCUCGGGGAGUGAAGGAGAGGACGGCGAAGAUGUGCGGGAGGUGGAGUCGGAGAAGCCAUCGCGGCGGGGCAAGAAGCGCUCUGCCAAGCACGAGGACGCGAAGAAGGAGAGGCUCAGCAAGCGACGCCUGAAGACGCCCCAGCAGCUGGAGAUCCUGGAGACCGAGUACGCCAUCACCCGCUUCCCCAACACGGCCAAGAGGCAGGCCAUCUCCGUCGCCACAGGCCUCACACCGCGCGGCGUCCAGAUCUGGUUCCAGAACAAGAGGGCCAAGGACAAGUUCUUCGAGUCUUCGGCGCAGAAGUACAUGGCCAAGCGUGAAGUGCCCUCUUCUUCGGGGCAGCACGCCGGCGGGGGCAGUGGCGCGGCGCACUAUCCAGCACUCCUGCCGACGCCCAUCGUCGCCGACGCCCACUUCCCGCUGCUGGGGACAACCCCGCUCCCACGCAUCGUUUCCCUGCCUCCCAUCUCAGCUCCGCCACACUACCCCCAGCGUCAGCACCAGCACCAGCACCCGCCGCCGAUCCUGCCGCCGCUGUCGUCGCUCUCGCCGCCUCGCCCGCGCUCGUCGUCGUCUUCGCCCGCCCACAUCCCGCUGCUGCCGCCCAUCUCGUCUCUCCCCGCCUUUUCCCUGAUGCACUCGAGCUUCGCCGAGCCGGGGACCACCUCGUCGAGCCGCUCGUCGUCGCCGCUUUCGUGUCCGCUCAACCUCGUCAACGUGCCGCCCAACUUCUCGUCGCCGUCGGCGUCUCGGUCGGCCUCGCCCUCGUCGUACCAGCAGCUGCCCCACGCCACGGGCGGUGGCGGCGGCUCGCCGAUGGACCUGAACACGCUCAUCUCGUCGCUCAACAACACGAUCAACUUCCUCACGGCCCUCCACUCGAUCGCGCCCUCGACGCAGACGUCGUCGCCCGUGUGCGCAUGGCAGGGCGAGAUCGUGUGGCAGGGCAUCGUGCCGGUCGCGGCCGGCAGUGGCCCCGAGCCCGCGCCCAGCAACAGCAGCAGCAGCAGCGGUGGCGCGCUGCCUCGGCUCUACUCCUGCCAGGUCUCGAUCCCCCUCGUGUGCCUCUCCUCCGAUCGCAAUUGCAUUUCGGUGAUGGAGCGAUGCGCGGCUCAGAUGAGCGUUGCCAGCAUGCACCCCAGGGGCGACCGAGCCUACGAAAACGUUAUUGAGUCCAGCGAGCAGGCGGGCACCGUCCUCGAGUUCCUGCCGUCGUCCGAGGGCGCUCGUCAGUCGGUCGCCUUCCUGCUGGACCAGCUCAGUAGUGCGCCGCCGACGCUCAGGUCCGCGCAGCUGGCCACCGUCAACGUCGACAGCCGACACCAACUCGUCAUGUUCGCUGCCCAGGGACGCCUCCUCGGCUGUCUGGCCAACCUCACCUGUUCCCCUUCGCCUGCGCACAACGCAAGGCCUUAG